AUCAAGUCACACAGCUCUCCGACUUGGAAGUUAGCAACUGAUCCAGGUUUAUUAUUGUUCUCCAGCAUUUUUAUAGAAAUGAAUUAUUUUUGCAACUGUAGUGAGUUUCAAAAAAGAACUGACUACAAUAUAGAAUAUUUAUUUCAACAAGUGGCUCAACUUAAGGAAAUCCUGGGACGAGGCCAUGGAUGUCAAGACUGCAAGAUGAACAAAAAGAUGCUUGAAGAUGCAAUUCGGAUGGCAGACCAAUCCAAGAAAGAGCUAGAAGAUUUCAGGGAAAGACAAGGCCAUGGAUGUCAAGACUGCAAGAUAAACAAAAAGAUGCUUGAAGAUGCAAUUCAGAAGGCAGACCAGUCCAAGAAAGAUCUAGAAGAUUUCAAGCAAAGGAUGAAAGUCAAGAUUUCCAAGGAGAUUGGUGUCAGGGGAGAUUUGUCAGAAAACAUCAAUGACCCCUGCAGAGAGACAGAGCUUCUGAAAAUGUAUGAGAUUCUGAAGAACCAAACCUGGGAACAAACAAAAGAAUGGAUAUUGAAUGGAAAACAUAUAGCCCCUAAACAUAUUUUUAAACUUGGAGCUCAGAUCAUAAAGGAAACGUUUGUUACCUCCAAAAAGGACAUGACUGCUAGGAUAACGAAAAUAAAGGAAGCAAUCAUGAUCUUACCUACAAGUGAAGAAUCCAAAGAAAAUGAAUUGGUCAGCCAAAAGCUUUCAGAUGACAUGGAAACAGCUAUUAAAAAUCUCCAAAAAAGAUUUUCAAGCUGCAGCAUGGAUCUCUACAGGGAGCUGGCAAUGCACUACCGAGUCCAGCAGGCCAAGGCCUUUGCAAGUCCUUUCCCUGUGGAGUAUUCCUGCUACACAGGUAAGUAUGGAACCGGUGCCCUCUGCUGGAGUCUUUCGGCCACACAAGCAAGAAUCACGCAGCCUCCCUCUGCUGGAGUUUGGCUGCAACACAGGUAAGAAGAAGGAACGCCCUCUGCCGGAAUGUCUCUGUAACACAGGUCAGGAUAACGCAGACUCCCUCUGCUGGAACUGGCUGAAACACAGACAAGAACAGAGAGAUUCUCCUCCCCCUGUUGGAGUGUCCUUGAACACAGGUGCUUUGUAAAACAAUGUGGACACCCACUGCUGGAGUAUCGCUGCACGACUGGUAAGGAUCCACAAGAAUGAAAUGGAAUUGUAUCCUGGUUGUGGGGAAGAACCCCUGCAACCACUGUCCCAGUGCUUCACAGAAACACGGGGGUGUCCCAGAGUUCAAACACAAUAUCCUUGCUUGUUUACACCACCUGUGGAAACUGUUGUUCCUGUCUGUACAAUAAAAGCCACGUCCAAAACUCCAGACUGUUGCCUCCGUUCUUACUAUUACAGUUUGCUAACUGUGCUGCGCAUUCAUGCGCGCUUCCCUCCGAGUCCCGAGACAAACAUACGUCCACAAACAAAUGGCAGUUGUGACGGUCCCCAAUCGUCACGGAAACUGCGGAAUUGUUUUAAACUCGUUACCGGUAGACAGCGUCUCUUGUCCGGUAUUUCACAAAACAAAUUAAACUUUAACAAAACAAAAGACUACCUCAGAAAGAGGAUAAACGCCCACGGCGAAACAAAAUGCAGCUUUGCUCAAAACGAAAUCAAACGUUCACUUUACCUUCCAAUAAUUCGUAAUGCACUUUCAAUUCUCUGAGCUCUGUUCAGCAGUACACACCGGCGGUGCUCCCCACGAUCGCCCCCGCUGUACCGCUCCACUUCCCUUUAUACCCAGAAACCCCGCCUUCCCUAUUAAAGCUAAGGUUCCUGGGUUGUAUAGUUUUUCAAAUGGCGUCGCCAUUUGUUAAAGGCGACGCCGCUCUUUCUACAUAUCCUCUCCCCCAGCUCUAACCUAUAAGGUUGAGCGACCUAACUAACCCCAUGUACUCUUGAUAGCCCGUCUGCAUUCGCGUUCUGUGACCCCCGUCUGUGUUCAAUGUUGAACUUGUACGGCUGUAAAGCUAAAAACCAGCGAGUUACCCGAGCAUUCUUCUCUUUGUUUUCUUUCAUAAACUUUAGGGGUGCGUGAUCUGUAACUAGGGUAAACUCCCUGCCUAAUAGAUAAUAUUUUAAAGCCUCUACUGCCCACUUCACUGCCAAACAUUCCUUCUCCACCACGGCAUACUUUCUUUCUCGCGGGAGCAGCUUUCGGCUAAGAUAUCCUAUGGGAUGUUCCUCCCCACCAACGACCUGUGACAACACUGCCCCUAAGCCUACCUCGGAUGCAUCCGUUUGUAAUACAAAGGGCUGAGAAAAAUCGGGUACUUUUAACACUGGACUGUUACACAGUAUUUCCUUAAUAGCCCUAAAGGCUUUAUCUGUCUCGGGGUUCCACUUAACACGAAUCGGGGCCGAUUUUUUUAUUAAAUCAGUAAGGGGUGAAGCAAUAGAAGAGAAUUCCGGCACAAAUCGUCGAUAGUAGCCGGCUAAACCUAAGAAGGCUCUACCUUGUUUCUUAUCCUUUGGUAUAGGCCACUUAGUGAUGGCCUCUACUUUACUCAUCUGGGGCUUGACUUUACCGCCCCCUACUACAAACCCUAAGUAUUGAGCUUCCUGCAAACCCACAAAACAUUUCUCUGGGUUUGCAGUCAGCGAUGCUUCUCUUAGGGAUUGUAACACCGCACUGACUUUCUCCAGAUGUGUCUCCCAUACAAUAAUUCAAAGGGUGAAAACCCAGUCGAGGACUGUGGUACCUCUCUAACCGCAAACAUUAAAUAAGGUAACAGGAGGUCCCAGUCCCUCCCGUCCUUGGAAGCUACUUUCUUUAACAUUGAUUUCAGGGUCUUAUUAAACCUCUCCACAAGCCCAUCCGUUUGAGGAUGGUACACAGACGUUCUAAUGGGGGUAACCUUCAAGGUAGUACAGAAAUCCUUCAUCAACUGACUCACAAAAGGGGUGCCUUGGUCCGUCAAAACUUCUCUCGGGAUACCUACUCGAGAGAACAAGUGUAUUAAUUCCUUUGUAAUUGUUUUAGACGCCGUAUUCCGUAAAGGAAUGGCUUCAGGAUACCUAGUUGCAUAGUCUAAAAUGACCAAGAUGUACUCAUGCCCUCGAGCUGACUUAUUUAAAGGCCCCACUAAAUCCAUUGCUAUCCUUUCAAACGGCACCUCGAUAAUAGGUAGAGGUUGCAAAGGUGCUCGUAAACCUGGAUUAGGGCUGGCCAGCUGACACUCUGGACAUGACCUACAAUAUCGGUCCACUGCCUUCCUAAUACCCAACCAAUAGAACCUCCUUAAUAUCCGUUGCAACGUCUUUUCAGACCCCAGAUGUCCCCCAAACAAGUGUGCAUGUGCCAAAUACAACACCUGAGGUUGAAAAGCAGGUGGAACCAGCAACUGCUCUAUCGGCUCUUGAUUAAUUUGGGUGCAGCGAUACAGUAGAUCAUUUUUUAUGAUAAAGUGCUCAAGUGGGUUUAUCACAGCGUUUUCUACCCUAGUACCGUUUACGGAUAUCACCCUCUCCCGAAGAUUCACCAGUGUGGGGUCCUGCUCCUGUUCUCUAGCAAAGUCUUCACUGGGAAGUUGAAGACACUCUUCCCAGGGCCCCUCCCUGGAAUUUCCCAUUACCACUUCCCCUGUCUCUGCUAAAAUGUCUGUCUCGCUGCACUGAGUGUAUACCCCCUUGCUAUUACGUUUUGUCGAUAACCCCAUCAGGCUUUGUGUUUGUAAAUCUCGUUCUUGUCGCCGUUGUCGGCGGGACUUUCUUUCUUUCACACAAUAAUUCUCGAUGAAUAAAUCUGGGUCCGUAAAUGGGAAAAUGUCAUGGGGGCUCUCAGGAGGCACACUUCCGUCCUCAAUAGUUACCUUCGGCCUAUUGAAUUUCACCAAGGUGUCAAACCCUGGUAUGUUUCUGCCAAGGAUUACUUGGUGGGGAAGGUGGGGAACUACUCCAACCCUUAAGUCUACAACCUGGGACCCUAUUUCAAUGGAGACUACAGCAGUUGGGUAGUGUUUAAUAUCCCCAUGAAUACAAGUAAUCCCUGUUUUAAAGUUAUAAUCUAGUACGUGGUCUGAUAACAAAUCAAGCGUGACUAAAGUAAUUGCGCUACCUGAAUCGGCGAGAGCCUCCGCCUUUUUCCCAUUAAUUGUGACCCACACUAGAUACGGGUACGUCCCCACCGGGUGACGUGGAACAAUAAUAUUUCCACACAAGUGGCUUUCUGCUGCACUAUGCUUGACCACAUUGCACUCCAUCUUUUCCUCAUUUUUACAAUACUUGGCAAUGUGGCCCAACUGAUUGCACUUAAAACACUUGAGAUAGUCAUACCCCGGCGCCUCGGGCCUCAACCCCCCAAUUGUCCCCAGUCCCUUCACGACCUCUGGCCGCUCUUCACCCCUUUCCGGCAUCGCCGGUCGCUUACCCGAUCUUAAUGCCCAUGCUGGUAGUUUCGGGCUCCUUGUUGCCGGGAUCUGGGGCUGACGAGAGAGCUCCUCCGCGGCUAACUGCCGCUCCACGAGGUCGAUGAAUUCAUUUAUGGUACUGGGGUCCCCUUGUCCGACCCACUUCCUUAGUGGGGCCGGUAAGGACCGUAGAUACCGAUCCAUCACGAGAACCUCUAUAACUUUCUCUGCAUUAUUUACGUCCGGUCUGAGCCAUCUAGUGGCUAAAUGGAUCAGGUCGAACAUCUGCGACCGGGGUGGAACCCCGGGUGCAUAUCCCCAGGCAUGAUACUUCUGUGCCCGUACAGCUGAGGUCACCCCUUCCCGUGCCAGGAUUUCGGCCUUUAAGUGGGGGUAACUCUCAGCUUCCUGUGGGCCCAGAUCAUGAUAUGCCUUCUGGGCUUCACCUACUAAAAACGGGGCCAGAAUUCCAGCCCAUUUCUCAGUUGGCCAUCCCUCCCGGGUGGCCGUACGUUCAAACGCCAACAAAAAAGCCUCCACAUCAUCCUCCCGUGUCAUCUUCUGCAAGACAUGGGAGGGUCGAAUGGAAGACACAAAAGGUGUUGUCGAGGACUGGUCCAAGCGCCCUUUUAUCAUGGCUAUUUCCUGCCGGGUCACCUCCAGCUGUUGUGCGUGCAGCCGGUUGGUCUCCUGCUGGGCUUGGAUAGCCGCCUGUUGUAGUUCUUGCAUCUUCGUAUUGUUGUCCUGUUGUACUGCCGUAGCAUGCAGUAGUGCUCGCAUCAGUGCGUCGCUGUUUUCCAUUUUGUUGCUGUUCGUGGGUCCGACUGGAGUGUUUUUCCGGUCGUCAAGAUCCCACUUCUGACACCAAGUGUAACAAACCAAGAGAGUACUCCCGUGUAGGACUCUCCUUUUUCUUCCACCGACUGGCACAGACACAAGGAACGUUCAGGUAAGUAGUUUUUAUUUACAAUAUUUACACAAAUUAUCACUUUCUUUGUGUUAAGUAAAGCCCUGUACGGGUCACUAACUGGCUCACUUCUUCGUCCCUCACUAACUGUUUCAGCACUACCGAGUCCAGCAGGCCAAGGCCUUUGCAAGUCCUUUCCCUGUGGAGUAUUCCUGCUACACAGGUAAGUAUGGAACCGGUGCCCUCUGCUGGAGUCUUUCGGCCACACAAGCAAGAAUCACGCAGCCUCCCUCUGCUGGAGUUUGGCUGCAACACAGGUAAGAAGAAGGAACGCCCUCUGCCGGAAUGUCUCUGUAACACAGGUCAGGAUAACGCAGACUCCCUCUGCUGGAACUGGCUGAAACACAGACAAGAACAGAGAGAUUCUCCUCCCCCUGUUGGAGUGUCCUUGAACACAGGUGCUUUGUAAAACAAUGUGGACACCCACUGCUGGAGUAUCGCUGCACGACUGGUAAGGAUCCACAAGAAUGAAAUGGAAUUGUAUCCUGGUUGUGGGGAAGAACCCCUGCAACCACUGUCCCAGUGCUUCACAGAAACACGGGGGUGUCCCAGAGUUCAAACACAAUAUCCUUGCUUGUUUACACCACCUGUGGAAACUGUUGUUCCUGUCUGUACAAUAAAAGCCACGUCCAAAACUCCAGACUGUUGCCUCCGUUCUUACUAUUACAGUUUGCUAACUGUGCUGCGCAUUCAUGCGCGCUUCCCUCCGAGUCCCGAGACAAACAUACGUCCACAAACAAACGGCAGUUGUGACGGUCCCCAAUCGUCACGGAAACUGCGGAAUUGUUUUAAACUCGUUACCGGUAGACAGCGUCUCUUGUCCGGUAUUUCACAAAACAAAUUAAACUUUAACAAAACAAAAGACUACCUCAGAAAGAGGAUAAACGCCCACGGCGAAACAAAAUGCAGCUUUGCUCAAAACAAAAUCAAACGUUCACUUUACCUUCCAAUAAUUCGUAAUGCACUUUCAAUUCUCUGAGCUCUGUUCAGCAGUACACACCGGCGGUGCUCCCCACGAUCGCCCCCGCUGUACCGCUCCACUUCCCUUUAUACCCAGAAACCCCGCCUUCCCUAUUAAAGCUAAGGUUCCUGGGUUGUAUAGUUUUUCAAAUGGCGUCGCCAUUUGUUAAAGGCGACGCUGCUCUUUCUACAAUAUAUAUAUAUAUAUUGUAGCCUACUUCAGUAGGAACAUUAGCCUGUUAUAUUAUAUUAAACCAAAACAAUAAAAAAUAAUAACGAUCUGGUUCUCUUGCCCUUUUCAAUGAAUAUAAUUUAAUUCAUCGAGAAUAAAAACAUACUAAGUUAACAACUGCCUAGCCUAAGUUUAAUUAAUCAUUUUUGUAAUCUACCAGCGGCUUCUGUUGUGUACAGAUCGCUGAUAAUAGUGCAAACUGUGGGUCAAACCAGUGUUCAUGUUGAGGUAUGUAUUUUUUUUUUAAUCAAUGUCGUCCUUCUGGAGUCUUCUGAAUGCCUUUUAAUUUGUUUGUUUUUUAAAACAUUUAAAUGCAAAACGAUAACAAAACAUGUAUACAGGCUUUUUUUUAAAUUUGUAAUUAUUUGUCCUGCGGUUACCUUUAAUUAAUUUCUCUGCAAGCGCUACUACUUUGUAUAUGAUGUAGAAUACGUGAUUGUAAACAUCUAACACUAGUACGUACAAUACUCUUUCAAAUAAACACGUUAUGAUUUUGAAUGUGCGCUUCUUGGGGUCGGUAUUAUUGUCAUUGCUUGCGCCCUGGCACCUUUUUCUUUAAAAAUUAGGUCUUGUCAGUGUUUCAGAUUGCACGAGAAUAGUCUGUGUUGCCAUGAGAACAAUCUGUUGAUUGACAGGUUUGAAAGUUGUACUCGCUUGAUCUCUUUGGCUGUGUGAAAGGGUUAUGAUGGUAUUACACUGGCAUAGAUUGUGCAAUUUCAUGCUGUGCGAAAGGGUAUUUUACACACUCGUUAAAAUGUUUCAGAGAUGGCACAGUAGCUGCAUUUCUGUGUGAAAUAUACUAGAGAACGCAUUUAUUUUGACGUCUGUAUCAUUUAUAUUAAAUGAUUUCAGUUUUAAAAUGGAAUGUUUGCCUGCAAAAAAAUCUUUCUUUAUAUAAAUAAAAAAGGUCUGGUAUAUGUGGGAUUUGAGCCUAUAACUAGGCUUGCUACUAUUCGAUUUUUAUUUUUAUGCCAAAUUGACGAUUAAUAUCAACUUUUAUUUUUGAAAGAAUUUACUGGGGGAUUUUUUUUCUUUAUUUUUCAAUUCAAGCAGAGGAUGGGUGAAAUCGACCUUUAUGCUUGAAAAAAAACCAAAAAAAACUUUUUAUGCCAUUGAGAAACGUCUCAUUUAGAGAAUCCCCUUUAUCAUAUUCGACAUGCAACAAAACCAUGGUUACCAACAUUCUAAUUGAAAUAACAGCGAAGCUAUACCUAGAUAUAGAUCCUACACACAUUUUUAAAAAAAUAUCUCAAAUAGACCGUAGAAAACGCAGCAUAUAAAGUGUUUUACACAGACUUUUAUAGCAUACAUUUACAAGUAAAAACAAUAUGCACAGAACAAAACAUUAGAUAGUUGAACAGAACUAACUUGCACUUAUUCCGAGCUCCGCCCCUCUGUUAAGCACAGCUGAACUCACUGGAGGCAAGGCAGACUGGCCCGCUUCGUCCUGCCAUGGAGACUUCUGCCGUCGGUCAGGGUAUUGUGCACAAUACUCAUUAAGUCUUUUCCUCUUGCGCCCCAUUUUCAAAUCAAACUAGUAACUGUCACCAUAUAUAUGCAAAUAGCAAACGCUUACUUACACCUUAACCCGCUCAUUUCAAAGUAGGCGCUUUGAAUGACAAGCUAUAGCUGGCAAAUGAAAGUGCACAGUCGGUCUGAUGAUUGACAGUCAUUUAAACGAAUGAAAGCAUUCUAGCGCUGCUUCAGCCAACGAGACCCCUAGCCAUUCAGAGCGGAACAGAGACGGGGAUAAAAACUACACAGACAAGGUGAUUUCUUAAAUUAUUAUUUUUGGUAAAAAAUAAAAAAAAAUAGCGAGGGGUUUUACUGACGUUUAUCCUAUAUAAAUUUAUUUCAGUUGAACUCCUAUUUUUUGGGAAUUCGACGUUUAACAAGCGUUACCGAUUACAAUUGAAAAGUAGCAAGCCUAAUUAUACCCUUCAGUUUGCAAGCGUGUUGUGUUAACUAUAGUGCUACACGAUUAGUUGAGACAAGCAGUAUUUUGACAGAUGAAAUCAGCCAGCUGAGAAUUCUCGGGACUUUGUUAUAUUUUUGAGAUUUUUCGAGCUGUCAUUUAUCUUCAUCAUCCUCAUUCUGAGAAUUUGAUCUUGAGCUCUGAAAAUGUUUGGUUUCCUGUCAGUGUAACGCUCAUUGUGGUCCCUAAUGGCGCAAGGAAGUACGAUUUCCUUUCUCGAUACUGGUCGAGAGUAACUCUAUUUGUGGUCCCCACUGGACAAAAAAGGAACAUUAAUUUCUGAGAAUUAGCUAUGCUGAAGGAUAGUCUAUAUAUUUGGUAAAAGUAAAACAUAAAUAAAUACAUUAAUAUAAAUAAUGAAAUAAAUGAAUACAUAGACAUUUAUGUAUUUAUGUAUUUAUCUUGAUAUUUAUUUAUUUUUCACUAUCAUAUAAACACUGCCAUUUAAUUCUGUAUGAAUAUUUAAUAGUUGUUCAAUUGUAUAUUAGUGAAGAUUUUUGUACAUAAAGGUCGUCAUGCUUUCAUAUAUUUUUACUUUCAAAUUAAAAAAAUAUAUUCUAACGACCCAGACAAUUGCUUUGUUGCAGGACUUGUUGUCUGUUCAGUUUGUCUCGUCUGUCUUUUAUAUAUGUUACAUGUAUUGUAAGGGGAAUGGGACGGGUCACGCUGUUAGUGAAUGGGGAGAAUGUGUGUUGUUGUUUAUGGGGGUUGCAGAGCAUUUGAGAAUUCAACACUGUCUCCCUGAGUUAGGGUUGCCAUCUGUCCGGGUUUGACCGGACAGUCCAGGAAUUGGCAUCUGUGUCCAGGUGGCAGGAAUUAACAAACCCGGACACCCUGAUGUCCGGUUUUUAAGUCAAACGCAUAAGAAACACCAGCCUUCCUAUAAUAUUUUCUUUGACAUACAUUAGUUGCUUAAACAAUUUCCACUAUCUUAUUAGAAAAAUGUACUGUUUAGUACUGAUCUGUACAUUCUACUUUGU